CUAGUGUAAGUUGGUCUUGAUCAUGCCCUAGUGUAAGUUGGUCUUGAUCAUGCCCAUGUUUAAUGCUUUGGGAGAAGUUUUUUUUACCACUCUUCACCUCUUUUUUUUUAUAGGAAAAGUUUUUGUUUCUGAAUGAAAUAUUGUCAAAAUGUCAAAUCUGCAGUUCAAUGAUCAAAUAUGUAUUCUCGAUGGAGGAUUUUCUUCGGAAUUAGAAAAGAAUGGGCUAUCUUUCCAAGGCGAUCCUUUAUGGUGUUCCCAUGCUCUUCAAACUAAUCCUGAAGCAGUUAUCAGUGUCCAUGAAAGUUUUCUACAAAGUGGAGCCAACAUUAUAACAACAAACAGCUAUCAAGCAAGUGUUCCUGGAUUUCAAAAAUAUCUUGGUCUUUCUUUUGAAGAAAGUGUAACACUUUUGAAAUCAAGUGUUAAAUUUGCUCAGGCUGCAAAAGAACGCUACUUAAAAUCUAUUUCAGAACGCAAAGACAUAUUGAUUGCUGGAUCUAUUGGACCUUAUGGUGCAUCACUGGCUGACGGAUCUGAAUAUUCUGGAGCAUAUGCUGCUGAGAUGUCAUAUGAUGAAUUAAUUGAGUGGCAUAAACCUCGAGUUCAGUAUUUAGUAGAAGCCGGUGUAGAUGUUUUGGCAUUUGAAACAAUUCCAGCUGCAAAAGAAGGUGAAGCUUUGAUGAAGUUGCUUAAAGAUUUUCCUGGUACUAAAGCUUGGUUAAGUUUUUCAAGUCAGAGUGCUCACAAGACUUCUGCUGGAGAUGAUAUCUGUGAUACAAUUACCAAAUGUUUGAAAAUAGCACCUGCUAACCAGCUGGUUGCUAUUGGUGUUAAUUGUUGCCCUCCAGAUUUAGCUGUGGAGUUAUUGAAGGACAUUUGUUUAGUCAGUCAUGGAUUUCCACUUAUUGUGUAUCCUAAUAGUGGAGCAGUCUGGGAUUCCAAGCUGGGAUGGACGAACCAAAACUCACCAAAUUUGUCCUCAUAUGUCCCACAGUGGAUGAAAUCCUCAGCAAAAAUUAUUGGUGGAUGUUGUUGUACAACAUCAGAUGAUAUAUUACAAAUUACAAAUAUUGUGAAUGAUAAAAAAAUUAAUUAGUUGUUAUUAGUAUACCCUGUUUUGGUUUUGAUAUUGAGAUCAGUUAAAAUGAGGUAGAGAAUUUAUGUACAUAAUUGAUACAUCAUUGUCAGCAUAGUGCAAUAAUUUCUAAAUUUUAAAAUUAAAGAACUAAGAGGCAGGAUUAUGGCUCUGCAUAAGUGACUGUGCUCAAAGAGACAAAAGAGGGCAAUAUUACUUACCCUUGAGUAAAGAGAAUGGCUUAAAGCAAUGUAUGCUUUUAAACUAUUUUUACGAACAAUAAAUAUUUUUUACAACAUGGCUUUGAAUUUUUUAAAUUUCUUUUUAUUACUUUUGAUUAUAAGGAAAGAAAAGUUACUUAAACGUUAAAACAUGUUCGUGGUGUGCUGGAUAAACUAUUAUUCCAUUAUAUAUAUCCAUUAUUAAAAUAAAUUAAUAAGAUUUUAAAAUUAGCCUUUACAAAAUCAAAUGACACCCUACCCUUAAUGGCGGACUGUGGAGCAUAGUGAAAUAGUAAAGAUAACUUUCCUUUUAAAUAAACAAAUUCAAAAUUUUUUUUAGAUAGAACAAUGUAUUUAAAUACAUUCAUUGAUACAUACUUUAAUUUUUGUUUUGAAUUUGUACCUUCAAAAGAAAGGAAAUUACUCAUUUUUUGUUUUUAAGUGACAAAGUGAAAAAUAAAAUAUUAUUCGAAUAAAA